AUGGAACUGAGGAAACGCAAGAGAGUUGUCUAUAAGCCGAAGGCUAGAGCCAGCAAACCGGCACCCGUGGCAGCGUCGCGGCCCAUGGCAAAGGUCUGCGAGUUAAGAGCGUUGCAGAGGCCCCGUUUCUGCAACGGCAGGGAGGGCCGGGACUGCUCGCGAGACGUUUCGUUCUAUCGCGAUGCCAAAAACGAUCUGGAAAGACUAGUUAAACUGCAGGAAAAACUAUACUAUGAUGAUUUGAAAGUACCGAAACUGCUGGGUCCCUCUGAAGAGUGUCGAAUGCUCAAGUUACCAGAUGAUCUGCGAAUCUACAGGGAAAUUUCAAACGAUUUGAGCUUCCUCAUAGAUGAGAUCUCGACUGAAAGAGCGGCCUCGUACACAGAACGUCUGCCACCGCCCUGUCUGGUGGGCGAUGACGCAAAUUCGAUCCGCAAAAUCGCACAAAUGUACAGUAUCGACAUCAGAGACAUCUCCGACAGCCUGCAGAACAGCGGGUGCCCGUCCAGGUUGGAGAUCCAGUCGAUCAGCCGUAAGCUGGAGAAACCGCUCUUGAUAGGGAGAGACACGUUCAGGAAAUGGCCGUCCAAGCCCAAGAAAAGGGACGGCAAGCAAGCCAAGUUUUCCAAAGUGCCUCUGCUCACCUAG